AUGUUUAUAAUUACUUAAUUUCUAUUUGUUCUUUCUAACGAAAUUACCUGGACUAAUUAUUCCUUUAGCUUCCCAUAAUUUGUUCCAUUGGUGGCUGAAAAGACAGUUUUCUCGAGAUCGUUGGAGGAUUUUGGUUAGAUAUUGUAAUCACUAUAUUUUAACUUUUGUAGAAACAUGUCUAUAGAAUAUGAUGGAGACAUGGAGGAAUCCAUCUGUAAAUUCGACUAUUAAUCUAUAACUUUGGACAGACAGCCUGAAAGUCUGAUUGCUUUGGUAAGUGACAUGCAGCAGAUUGACAUUGAUGCAUUGAAUACAGAAGAAAUCCAGUAAGGAUUUUCACAUGAAUUGGUGUCAUACGCAAUUUCUAAUAGGAAUUUGAUCUUACUGGAAAAAAAUGGAACAAUUCAUCAUUUGUAUUAUAAUAUUGGCACAAAGUUUACAAAUUAUUCAACCCAUUAAUUAUUAAUUCUCUAAAAUGGAAAUGAACAUUAAUAGAUUUUUACCGAUACUGAGUGUUAUUAUUAUGUUGAUCAUCAACAAUUGAUAAGAUUCACAAUCAAAGACAAAGUUUUGGAAUAGUCCAAAAUCCAGAAUUGGAAGAAGGUGAAUGGACAUUUCAAAAUGUUUAUCAAUAGAGGUUUUGUCUAUUUGAUAAAUGGAAGUAACGGAAUGCGUAUUUUAGAAUUGUAAAAUAAUUUCAUAAUAUAAGUUAAUAAAUUUGUGAUUGAAGUAUAUUAAAAUUUUAAAUUAGGACUUUCACUAAGAUUUGAAUUUAGUAGAUUAUGCCAUUGAGGGAGAUUGGUUGUAUUUGCUAGAUUUUGAAAACGGAGUCUAUCGCUUUAACCUCAUAUCAUUGCAAUUGGAUAAGAAAUUCUUUAUUGCCCAAAAGGGAUGCAGUAUAAUUUCUGUGAAGCACAAUCAAAUGAUGUUAAUCCAAUAAUAAUAAUUGCAUUCAGAGGUAUAUGAAGGCAGAAUUGUGGAGAAGGGAUGGGUGAUGACCAGAAUGAAGAAUGUAGCUAAGUAAAUUAUAAGAAAUAUCCAAUAAUUCAAUAAUUUUGCUUUGCUCAUUAGUAAUCCAACAACAUUUAUUAAAAAAAUCUACUAGACAAUUUUAGUGAUCCCUAUCUUUCUAAAGGGUAAUUAUUGCAAUUGAAUUUAUGUAGUUCUAAUUUGUAUUAGAUGGAGUUUUUGGGAAUGGAUAAAUUGGAUGAAGAGUAUGUAGUUGGAAUCUACAGAUACGGUGCAGCAAUUUAUUAUGCAUAAGAGAGAACAGCCAAAAUUUCAUGCUAGGCUAGAUUGAGUUAACAAAAUAGAGUCACAGUAUUUUUUUAUUUAAAAUCAUUGUCAGAUUCAUUUGAAUAGUACAAAUUGUCUCAAUAAAAAUUAAUCUGAUGCAUUUAAUUAUUGCCAAAGCAGACUGGAUUAUAUAUUUGAUGUUCAUAAGGUCUUGAUGUCUCAAUAGGAGGAAGAUCUUUACUUCUACUUAUGUAUUCUUGCCUUUUCAAUAAUUGUGGGACUUUUCUUGGCUAUAUUCUUCGUUUUCCGAAGAUAUCAAUUAAAAAAGGAGAGGAUCGAUUAGUUAAGAAAAAGCAAGAAGAAUUCUUCAAGUUGA